AUGAUUUCCAGGUUCACUUUUACUCUUUUUCUCGUUUUCAACUUCAUUUCUCGAGUUGCUUCAGAGAGGUUUUUUUUAAAUAAAAAAUGAAAAAAGGCUUCAAUUUUGACAAAACAGAUGUCCACCAGUUUUCGGCGAUUUCGAAUGUCCUAUCGGCUUCGAAUGCCGCGAAAAGCAAUGCAUCGGACGGAAUCAGGCGCCGUCGGAAAGUUGCUCUAUUGAGGUAUCAAAAUAUUCCGAAAUACUUCUUAUCUAAAACAUGUUGCUCCUUAAGAGCAUCAGAGUGGUCCCUAGAUAGGUUUAGAAAAAAACAGCCCUUGAAGGGACAGAAUAGUGCUUAGAGAGGGAAAAGUUAGGUGGUCCCUAUAGGGUCAAUUUUUGUUCAGGUUUGAAAGUCAAAAUCGUGAUCCCCUAUAAUGGCCACUUUUGCAAUCUUUGGUCUUUCUGAAGUCUGAAAUAAGUUCAUUCAAAACCACUUUCUGAAUUUUUUUUUGCGCCUAAGUCGGAAUUGGAAAAGCUCCGCUUUGAAAAAAAUCAUUUUUUUCUGACUUAUUGUCAAAAAUAAUUGUAAGCCAUAUUUUCAUCUAGAAAAAAAUGGGCACAAACUAAAAAAAGUUUUAUUUCUUCUUUUGAAAAUUAUUAUUAUUUUUAAAUGUUUUUGAUGGAGUAAAGAAAUGAAAUUUGAUAAAUUAUCCUGUUUCUUAUCCUUUUUUAAGGUCACAAGCCACUUUUUCUUGUUUAAGACCUGUUCUGUUGUUAUAAAAGAAAGCGAAACAACAACUUCUAAAAUAGCCCAAAAAAAGUUCAGGUAGAAUGCUCUGAUGGAACGGUUUGCUACGAGGGCAAGUGUUAUCCGAUUUCUUCGAUCAAAUGUAAUCGGUCAGUUGAUGCGCAGUCAAAUUUGAACUUUUGAUUAUCGGAAAAUUCAAAAAAAAAGUGCAUUUUUGAGGAUAUACGAGCGAAAUUGCAAAAUUUCGAAUUUUCGAGCAUUAUACCGAAAAUUUCUAAUUGUUUGAGCUUUGAAAUGGAUUUUUUUUUUCUUUCUGAUUCUCAGACACGUUUUGGUGGGUGAAGGUCGAGCGCGGAGCAUCGUCUCCGACUGCGGGAAACGUGGGAAAUGCCUCAACGGCCAGUGCGUCCUCGACAGUUAGUUACGCCGCAUUUCUGUUUUCCAGAUACUAUUAAAUAUUCUCGUUGUUGAUUCUAUCAAUACAUUAGGCUCACUAGGGAACGUUUUUUUACCCCCCGGUUGAACUUUUGCUGAAACUUUGCUGAAGUGUACUUUAGGACCUGCUGAUUCCAAAACAAAAAGAAAAUUUUUCGCAACAGAUCUCGUUUUCGAGUUAGGACUGGUACGUUUUUUUUAAAAAAAACUGGUACGUUUUUUUUAAAGCUUUCCGGUUUCAGUGAACAUAUAAUGCAGAAAAUCAAUGAGAUUGCAACUCGGCUCAAAAUAUAUGGAAACAUUUAUCAUCUCCAAAAGCUUCUGAAAAUGCAGCCGAAAAGCAUCGCAUCAAGUUUUUAUUGGGAAUUUGAAGGUCAUUAAAAGUGAAUUUUCUUUCCUUGAUUUUUUUUGGCUUUUCGAAAACUAAAACUUAUAUUCAUAAGUAUUUAAUAACUUCAUAUUUUUUUAGAUUUUUUUAGAAAAAUUUGAAAAAUGAAACUUAAAAACUGUAGCCAUGCAAAUUGAGGAUGCAUGGGGGUCGUCUGCGAGGAGGGCCUCCUCUGCCGAAACGGGGAAUGUGCCAAGUUGGCCGAGGCUUUCUGCUUGGGCCACGCCGACUGUGGCCCGAACCUCAUGUGCGUCGCUAAUCGUUGUCAGGCCAAGUAAGUUGAAUAAAUCAUUCCGGUUUCAGUGAACAUAUAACUUCAAAAAAAGUUGGACCAAAUAAUGUUGACUAGACGAAAAUUCGAAUUCAGUUCAGAAAAAAAUAUAAAAAAAUCCACUUUCAUUAAUUUCUUCUGAGGAAAAGCUUGAAAAUUUUUUUCUAAAAAAAUGUUUGUCUUUUUUUAAAAUCAUUCUCCACUUCAUAAAAUUAAAUAACUCUGAACACUAUAUUCUCCAUUUUUUUAACUGUUCUAAAAAAAGAAAAACUUUGGAAAAUUAUUGAUUUACAGAAGAAAAAAAGUCCACCCAAAACCCCAAAAAAAGAAAAUAAAAUUAAUAAAUUUGACCAAUACUCCAGACCAAAAGAGCCUUUGUGCAACUGUCAGCCGCACGAGAUCUGUCACCACGGUCAAUGUUAUCCGAAUACUAGUAAAUUUAUCUUUUCUUCUAGAAUUAAACUAAGAAAAAUCUUCAGAAUGCACCUCAAUUUUCUGCCCAGUUGGAUCCUACUGCGUUGAAGGACAAUGUGUUAAUGGUAAUAUUGUUUUUCGAUGAAGGAAAAAUCAGAAACUUCUUGAUAAGUUUCCAGAAGGAUUUGAGAAUUAUCUAUAGGAAAAGCAGCUUGGUCGAACUAUCAAAAAACGAAAGAAGAAAUUUCAAUCAUAACUUUAAGUCCAAUCAAAAAUGACUUAUCGGCGAAAUAAAAUUUUUAAAAAUAAGAAUUUUCGAAGGCCGAGCUUAAAUGAAAUGCGCUGUGCUGAAAAUCAUGCAGUGAAUUAGCAAAAUUCGAAGAUAUCGUUAGAGAAAGAAAAAUGCCGACCUCCGGGGCAGUUUCUGUGACCAGAUUUGGUAUCAGUGUGAAAAACUGAGCCCAUUAUCCCCUGCUAACAAUGCUAACGCCGCUGAAGGGAUCCCUAGAAUUUCUAAGAAACUUCCGCGACGCGUUACCGAAAACCGAGCCCAUGCAGAAAUUCAAAAUGAUUUAGCCGUGGGGCGAGAUUGCCGGGAAGACACGUGCCACGGUGGCACAGUCUGUAUCAACAACGUCUGCGUACCUAAUCCCUGUCCUGCCAGGUACGCCAUUUACACCUAUUUCAGAGCAGAUUUUAAAUGCCAAAUCUGCGCUUAAGCUCCGCCCCUUGUUAUGCGUUAAACUAAUCAGAGAGCCAUCCACAGAGCUUUUUCCAAUGUAACUGCCAUUCAAAAUCUGAACGGACUAUAAAAGUAGCUAAUAUGAGCAAUUUUGAACAUUAAGGUGUCCCCACGACCAGGACUGCCGUUUCGGCGAAUGUCGCAUAAUGGAAGGGAUUCCUUGCGCCGGCGAGUGUAAAAAACCAUUCCUUUGUAUCGACGGGGUUUGCAAGAGAAACGGUGAGUUCAUCUAGAUUUUCUAACUUCACGAUUUUCUCAAACGCCAAGUUCAAAAUGUCCGUCGGAUUUGUUGUAAGAAACCGUUGAAUUUUCGAGAGAAUGGUUCCUAGAGAGAUUAGGGAGAACAAGUGCCCCAUAGAGGACAAAAUUGUGCUCCCUAGAAGUGCAAAUUUGAGGCGGUCCCCAUAGGGAUUCAGGGUCUACCUUUUGAGCUCAAGUGGUCCCUUUAGGAGUCUAUCAAUUUUUUUUCCUUAUUUAAAUGCUGAAGCGAUGUAAUUAGAAAACAUUGAUUGAACAGUUGUCUUUUAAUAUUUUUUUAAAUUCAAAUAUCGCUAAUUUAUCAUGUUUUUCUGUUUGAAAACGCUUCUUCUCAUAGAUCUCCUAACAUUACAAGACUCACCUGCUCCCCUUAAAGGAACACAAACUGACACCCAUAAGGACGUAAGAAGCGUUCAAAUGAUCCUAAGACUGCCCCUUUAUGGACACUGGCAUUCCUGAGUAUAUUCUUAGAAAAAAGUUCUUUAAACCAUUGAAAAAUGAAAAAAAAAUAUUGAAGAAAACCGUUCUAAUCAACUUGAAAGGACGUACCUCGAAGUCUUCAGACUGCCAACAGAAAGUGUGUCAACUGGGCGAGUCUUGCGAAGGCGGCAACUGUGUUCGCGUCGACGGCCGAUUCUGUACGUUCGCGGCUCGCGACUGCGGUCAUUCGUUCGCGUGUCGCGACAAUAAAUGCGUCGAUCUUCUUACUCAAUAUUCGCCGGCUUAA